AUGUUCGCAAUGAAUGAAGAAACUCUAAUGCAUAACUACAAUGCAGACAAUAGUGAUGAUACUAUAUCUAAAGUUAAUCGAUCAAUCACUCAAGAUGAUACAUUUGAUGAUAGUCCAGAUAAUCCUAUUGAUGGAACUAAAUUCCAGACAUCAUUCGAAUAA